UCUGAAGCAGGAGUGGUCGAUCGGUCGGUGGCCAUUUCGUCCGCCAACGCAACCUGUUGUGUUUCUGGAGAAUUUUGGAUUGACGGCUCUGCCAGACUGCAGAUAGGGGAUGGUCCCGUUCCUAGACCAUCAUCGAUUACUCUCAAGGAGUUUGGUGAUCUGUGGGUAGCUGACGCCAAACGUCAGUCCAGUCUCAGGCCCAAGUCGCCGUCCCCUGAUGAGCAGCUGAAACGCAGACAAGAGCGUAAGCGCAAGGGCUUGGUCAUAGCGCUCAACACGUAUGCCAAGCGAAACAACAUUCAGCUCUCUGAGUUGGAAUUUGUGGAAGAGAAAGAGAAGAAUCAAGUCGAUGGAUGCGCAGCACUAUAUGUGCACUCCAACUUUCUGAUGAAAGGUUCAGAUGGCAAACAUACUAUGUUCUUUGCUGAGAUGCGACCUGACUGCACACAGGAAGAGGAUGUUGUUCUCUGCACACCUUUGGAAGAAAACAAUUAUGGUCAUUGUUUUGGGUGCGAUGAUCGAGCAAAGGAGCUUAGGCAUCCCUCGGGCGGUGGCUACUUGGGUGGACAUAAUGAGAUGAUUUUUCACUUGGAGGAGCUGGACAGUGAUGAUGACUGUUUUAUGUGAUGAAAGGAAUCUAUCCACCAACUAAUCUGUUUGGUCUUGGUCUACCAUAUGCUGAAGGUCUAUGACAAGCAAGUUCCUUUUAGAGAAGUGCCGUUGUAGCAACAGGUGAUGCAUGUGACAUGUUAUUGUAAUAUGUAUCUUUAAUAUUAACUAAAAUUAUGCUCGAAUCGGCAUAAUAAAUUAUUGUAACUGAAUGAGUAUAGGAUGAUGUGUCCUAAGAAACUCCUGAUUUGCGUAUUUUAAACC